AUGGUCCUGCUAGAGACACUGAUUUCCUGAGGGUUCCUCACCAUGUUCCCCGGUCACUGCUCUCUGCUGUCCAUUCUCAUCCUAUACCUGGUGCAGAUAUGUCCAGCACAGUAUCCUGACCUGCCAGAGACAUACAAGAUCCCUGUGACUACAGAGAUAUAUAGAAACAAUGUGACUGAAGAGACAUAUGGAAACAAUAAGACUUCAGAGACAUAUGGAAGCCCUGUGACUACAGAGACAUACGGCACAGAAAUAUACAACAGUACUGGGAUAUCUCUGACUAAAGAGACAUACAGCACAGAAAUAUACAACAGUACUGGGAUAUCUCAGACUAAAGAGACAUACGGCACAGAAAUAUACAACAGUACUGGGAUAUCUCUAACUACAGAGACAUACGGCACAGAAAUUUACAACAGUACUGAGAUAUCUCAGACUACAGAGACAUACAGCACAGAAAUAUACAACAGUACUGGGAUAUCUCAGACUAAAGAGACAUACGGCACAGAAAUAUACAACAGUACUGGGAUAUCUCAGACUACAGAGACAUACGGCACAGAAAUUUACAACAGUACUGAGAUAUCUCAGACUACAGAGACAUACGGCACAGAAAUAUACAACAGUACUGGGAUAUCUCAGACUAAAGAGACAUACGGCACAGAAAUUUACAACAGUACUGGGAUAUCUCUGACUACAGAGACAUACGGCACAGAAAUUUACAACAGUACUGAGAUAUCUCUGACUACAGAGACAUACGGCACAGAAAUUUACAACAGUACUGAGAUAUCUCAGACUACAGAGACAUACGGCACAGAAAUAUACAACAGUACUGGGAUAUCUCUGACUACAGAGACAUACGGCACAGAAAUUUACAACAGUACUGAGAUAUCUCAGACUACAGAGACAUACGGCACAGAAAUAUACAACAGUACUGGGAUAUCUCUGACUACAGAGACGUACGGCACAGAAAUAUACAACAGUACUGGGAUAUCUCUGACUACAGAGACGUACGGCACAGAAAUAUACAACAGUACUGGGAUAUCUCUGACUACAGAGACAUACGGCACAGAAAUUUACAACAAAACUGGGAUAUCUCUAACUACAGAGACAUACAACAACACUUUGUCUGCAGUUACAUAUCUAUCCAGUGAGAUGGAUUAUGUAACAGCCAGUGGUGACGUAUACAUAGAAGCAACAUCAGAAGAAGCCCACGUGCCAUAUAACCCUACAGGAGACAUGUCAGGUACAAGGCCUUGCCAUGGGAAUGAGGACUGUCCCCCUUACAGCUCCUGCACUAACCAGGCUUGUCGCUGUGAGCUGGGGUAUUACAUGCAGCCCGAGCUGGGUUGUGUCUUAGCCAGGACAUAUCCCGCACAGAUCUCCCUGUCUGUACUGAGCAUGCAUUAUAUGACGUGGACAUUACCUGUACACGGUGACAACGGAACAUCAGAAGAAAUAGUCCAGAACACAAACAGAACGUGGGAUGGGAUAUCUACGCGAGUGAGGAUCCUGUUCCAGACAUUGUUUCGUGACAUCGAUGGCUAUUUGACUACUUUUGUACAUGAAAUAAAACCCGGUGAAGACCAUCUGACACUUCUGCACCACUUCUCUGUUCUCUCCUCUUACAAUGAACAUGAGCUGCAAGAUGCACUGAAGAUGUCCAACAUUGUGUGCGAUGACCCCGGAUGCAGUGAGCAGUUUUACAAACGUCUCAGCCUUUGUGACUUUGAUCUCUGUGACUCCGCCUCUAGCGCUUGCCUGUGCCAGGAUGGUCUAGUGACGUGUGUUUGCAGUGCAGGAUACUAUAAGUUCCAUGCUACUGAUUUCUCCUGUAGAGCUUGUGACAGUGGAUUCCAGUUGGAAGACAGCAGGUGCCUGAGCACAUCACACCUCUGUACAGUAUAUGACACCUCUGUACAGCACAUUACACAUCACACCUCUGUACAGCACGUACACAUCACACUUCUGUACAGCACGUACACGUCACACUUCUGUACAGCACGUACACAUCACACUUCUGUACAGCACGUACACGUUGUCAUCAUGGUGGGAGACAGGAAAAGACAAUGCUGCAGAAUAAAGAAUAAUAAUGAGAUUCCCAGAGGCAGCUUUGUCUAUGGGGAUAAGGUUUGUGCGCAGUAA